AUGGCCGACCUUGCAAGUCGCAUCACCGAGCCCCCUGCCGAUGCUCCUGCCGACGCUCCUGCUGAGGCCGCCGCCCCUGCGGAGAGCAAGCCUGCGGAGGGCCAGCUCGAUGGCACUGUCGAAGCUCUCGGUGGUUCUGGCCUUAUCGAGAACACCUACGAUGUCGAUGUCAAGCUGGGUGACCUUCAGUCCGACCAGAACAGCACCCUCUACUCAGCUAAAACCUUCGCCGACAUGGGACUUCCCGAGCCGAUUCACCGUGGUUUGCUUGCCUUGAACUACCAGAAGCCUUCCAAGAUUCAGGAGAAGGCUCUCCCUCUCAUGCUCACGAACCCUCCCCGUAACAUGAUUGCACAGUCGCAAUCCGGAACCGGCAAGACCGCUGCGUUCGUCGUCACCACCCUGUCGCGAGUCGAUUACACCAAGCCCGAGCAGCCUCAAGCCUUGAUUCUCGCACCUAGUCGUGAGCUUGCCCGUCAGAUCGAGGGAGUCGUCGGCAGCAUCGGACAGUUCUGCGAAGGUCUCAAAGUCGCUGCCGCUCUCCCUGGCGCCCUGGAGCGUAACGCUGCCGUUCGCGCCAACGUCAUUGUCGGAACCCCUGGCACUGUCAUGGACAUCAUCCGCAGACGCCAGCUGGACAUCUCUCAGUUGAGGCUUCUCGUUAUUGACGAGGCUGACAACAUGCUUGACCAGCAAGGCCUUGGCGAGCAGUGCCUGCGCGUCAAGAACAUGCUUCCCCGCGACAUUCAGAUUCUCUUGUUCUCUGCCACCUUCCCGGACAAGGUUAUGGGCUUUGCCGAGAAGUUUGCGCCCAAGGCUGAUCAGAUCCGUCUGAAGCACACCGAGCUUACCGUCAAGGGUAUCUCUCAGAUGUACAUUGACUGUCCUAGUGAGCAGGAUAAGUACGAGUACCUUGUCAAGCUCUACGGUCUUAUGACCAUCGGAUCUUCCGUCAUCUUUGUCAGGACUCGUGAGAGUGCCGAUGAGAUCAAGCGCAGAAUGGAGGCUGAUGGACACCGCGUGUCGGCCCUUCACGGUGCCAAGGAUGGUCCUGAGCGUGACCGCUUGCUGGAGGAGUUCAGGACUGGUGUAUCCAAAGUUCUCCUCACCACGAACGUUCUGGCGCGUGGUAUCGACGUUUCCAGUGUGUCCAUGGUUAUCAACUACGACAUUCCCAUGAAGGGACGCGGCGACUCCGAGCCUGACCCCGAGACCUACCUGCACCGUAUCGGACGUACUGGACGUUUCGGACGUAUUGGUGUCAGUAUCAGCUUCGUCUACGACAAGAAGAGCUUCUACGCUCUCAAGAGCAUCGCCGACUUGUACCAGAUCGACCUUGUUCAGCUGGAUGCCGAGGACUGGGAUGCGACGGAGGAGGAGGUCCAGAGAGUCAUCAAGUCCAACAGAGCUAAGGCUGCUUUUGCCCCGAGUGCCACCGAUGCCAAGAAUUAG